AUGGGCAAUAGACGUAAAGUGAUUCUAUAUGUAGGACCAUUUUUGUCAGCGUCAUUUCUGUUGAUAUGGUUUCCGUGGGGUGUCAUAUUGAAAUCGGUUUAUAUCGCUGAAUUACAUCUUCUUUGUUCACUUUUCGUUUACAAUAGCUUUUUCAGUUUCAUUAAAAUGGCUUGGUGUGCAUUAUUCGCCGAAUCGACAAAAGAACAUUCAAGGGUGGCAGCUACAAAAUAUUCACAAAUGGCCAUACUGUUAUCAGUUAAUAUUAUUGCAAUAACGGAACUGAUUUCCGCUGGCCUCACUAAUUUCGUCGCGUUUCAGCGCAUAUGUGUCGCUAUUUUCGUACUUUGUUGGUUAUGCUUUUGUAUUACUGGAUCACUGAAUGAUAACCUUGCAAAUAUAAAUCCUUCUCAGUUAUCACUAAAUGAAGACAUUACUAAUAAGACUCACGUAUUUAAAAUAUCCAAGCAAAUAAUCUUUCAAAGCGAAUUUUUAUUGCUCGUUUUAACCGCUUUUCUUCACAACUGCAGAUCUAUGGCUCAUCUAAAUUUCGCUUCCAUAAGCGCAGAGCUUUUAAUACCUGCGAAUGUGAUGGGAAAAGGUUCUUGGUCGAUGAGUUCCUUCUUUGCUUUUUGUACGCUGGUGCCGCAAAUUUUAGUCGCUGAAUUUAUUGAUGAUGAUAAAAAGCGCUUCUCAAGGAGAAAAUUAUCAAAUGUAAUUUUUAGAAAAGCAAUGUCAUCGGUAAUAUAUAGUUUGGAAACAAUACUAGUGAAAUCUUCCACAUCGAUUACUCCUGUUUUAAUAGUUUACUUUUUGAACCAAAGUGGGUAUAAAGUAUGUUUUUUUUUAAAGAAAAUUUUAAUCGGCUAUAGCCUGAUUAACGAUGAUUAG